CUGUGAUUGGCUGGAGCGCAACACGCCUGUGAGCGGCGUGCGGCGUCUGUGUCUGGUAAAUAGAAAGAACGCAAGAUAUCCAUGAGUAACUAAACCCGCACUCCUUUACCCAAUGCAUACAACAUGUUGACUGCACGGAAAGCAUGUGUGUCUCUGACAGCCAGACGACUCCUGGGGGCAUCUGUAUCCUCGACCCUUGACCCCCAGCGUCAUCCCAGACCGUUCCAUACUGCCACCCCACACAAAGAUGAAGUGAAGAUCCACAAGGGCUGGGCCGCCCUGGCCAAGAAGCAGCUGAAAGGGAAAAACCCAGAGGAUCUGAUCUGGAAGACUCCGGAGGGCAUCUCUAUUAAACCUGUGUACACUCAGAAGGACACCGCCAUGGUCCAAGAUGAGCUGCCGGGAGUCUUCCCAUUCACCCGAGGGCCGUACCCCACCAUGUACACCUACAGACCCUGGACCAUCAGGCAGUAUGCUGGAUUCAGCACUGUAGAAGAAAGCAACAAGUUUUACAGGGAUAAUAUUAAAGCGGGCCAGCAGGGCCUUUCUGUGGCCUUUGACCUUGCGACGCACAGAGGUUACGACUCGGAUAAUCCCAGAGUUCAUGGGGAUGUGGGAAUGGCAGGUGUAGCUAUCGACACCGUAGAGGACACCAAACUGCUGUUCGACGGCAUCCCGCUGGAGAAGAUGUCGGUAUCCAUGACAAUGAAUGGAGCUGUCAUUCCCAUUCUAGCCAUGUUCAUCGUGACCGGAGAUGAGCAAGGUGUGGCCAAGGAGAAGCUGACAGGCACCAUCCAGAACGACAUCCUCAAAGAGUUCAUGGUGCGAAACACCUACAUUUUCCCUCCAGAGCCAUCAAUGCACGCCAUCGCCGAUAUCUUCGCCUACACCUCAAAGAAUAUGCCCAAGUUUAAUUCUAUUUCCAUCAGUGGAUACCACAUACAGGAAGCUGGUGCUGAUGCCAUACUGGAGUUGGCUUACACUAUUGCCAAUGGACUGGAGUACUGCAGGACCGGACUGAAGGCUGGACUCACCAUCGAUGAGUUCGCUCCCAGGUUGUCAUUCUUCUGGGGGAUAGGCAUGAAUUUUUAUAUGGAAAUAGCGAAGCUGAGGGCAGCACGGCGAUUGUGGGCGUCAUUUAUCAAAGAGAAGUUCCAACCCAAGAACUCCAAAUCCCUCCUACUGAGAACUCACUGUCAGACAUCAGGAUGGUCCCUCACUGAGCAGGACCCUUACAACAAUGUGAUCCGUACCGUGAUCGAGGCCAUGGCUGCAGUAUUUGGCGGCACACAGUCUCUGCACACAAACUCUUUUGACGAAGCUCUGGGUCUGCCCACCGUCAAGAGCGCCCGCAUCGCCCGCAAUACACAGAUCAUUAUCCAGGAGGAGUCGGGCAUCCCGAAGGUGGCUGACCCCUGGGGUGGGUCCUACAUGAUGGAGGCCCUCACCGAAGACGUGUACAACUCCGCGCUCAAGUUCAUCACUGAGAUUGAGGAAAUGGGAGGUAUGGCUCGCGCUGUGGCCGAGGGGAUUCCCAAACUGCGCAUCGAGGAAUGUGCCGCUCGCAGACAAGCGCGCAUUGAUUCAGGCUCCGAGGUCAUCGUGGGGGUCAACAAGUACCGCCUGGAGAAGGAAGAAACUGUGGACGUGCUCUCCAUCGACAACACAGCCGUGCGUAACAAGCAGAUUGAAAAGCUGCACAAGGUCAGAGAGAGCAGGGAUGCAGAGACGGCGAAGAGGUGCUUGGCUGCGAUUGAACAGUGUGCACGUACCAGAGAUGGAAACCUGCUGGAGCUCGCCGUGGAGGCUGCGAGAGCCCGGUGCUCGGUGGGAGAGAUCACAGAUGCCAUGAAAUCUGUUUUCGGGGAGCACAAAGCCAGCACGCGCAUGGUGAGCGGAGCGUACCGCAGUGAAUUCGGCGAGCAUGAGGAGAUUGCACUGGCGCAUAACAGAGUCGUACAGUUUAAAAAGCUUGAAGGUAGAAAUCCCCGUCUGCUCGUGGCCAAAAUGGGACAGGAUGGUCAUGAUAGAGGAGCAAAGGUCAUCGCCACUGGAUUCGCAGACCUUGGGUUUGAUGUGGAUGUCGGCCCGCUUUUCCAGACCCCGUUGGAGGUCGCCCAGCAGGCUGUAGAUGCAGAUGUGCAUUGUGUGGGCGUUAGCACACUGGCAGCUGGACACAAGACCCUCGUGCCUGAACUCAUCAAAGAGCUGCGUAACCUCAACCGGCCCGAUAUCAUGGUGAUCUGCGGAGGGGUCAUACCACCACAGGACUACGAGUUUCUGUACAAGAGUGGCGUCAGCUGUAUCUUUGGCCCAGGGACCAGAAUUCCUCAAGCAGCGGUGGAAGUUCUUGACAACAUUGAAAAAAGCCUGGAGAAGAACCGACAGGCCAUGUAACCACAGAACAGUCACACUAACAUCUCAAAAUGCACUUAAGCUCAGAGCAAGACAGCAAUUCAGAAGGAUAUUGACUGAGAAAAAGUAGAAAACGUUUGAAAUUCCAAUAAUUAUCACAGCACAGUGUAAUCAGUGUGAAAUCGACUCUCAGAGUUGUUUGAUUGAAAACGUGUAAAAGCAGUCUUUGAUUUUGUCUAAAAUGUGUAUAGUUUGACAUAAUGCAUUAAAAUCAACAUAAAAAUGUUGAUGUGGUCACCAGCCCUUUUCUUACAUCAUCCUUUGCUGUUUAUUUCAACUCGUAAUUUCACGAUCUUUUCUCAUCAGAGUGAAGCUGUUUUGUUGUUUUAUUCAACAAUAUAAAACACCAUAAGCACAAUAACUUAACUUGGAUAAUGUAUUUUAUAUAUACAGUAAUAUAAGCUUUCUGUCUUGGCUUGAUGUGGACUUACGGACUUAUUGUGCAAUAUGUUGUGCAUGAUCUUAUUGAGCACCAUCCGUUUCAGCUUUCAGUAGAAAUGAGCAUGUAGAUGUUGAGAUCUGUAUGAUUAUAUGUCUACUCUGGCCUAGGUCCAUAUGAAACUAAACCCUUGGUGAUGUGAA